AUGGUUCGCCCUAUCCUUCUCGUCAGUGCCCUUUUCGCUGCCAUCACCAUGGCAGCCCCUACCACCGAAGUUGAAGAGUCUACCGUUGAGAAGACUCAAGUCAACGACGAUGACGCGCCCAUAGAACUCUCGAGCUACCGCCAGAGCUGCCGUUCGUGCCAUCUUACCACUUCCAACGGACCAGCUCUUAGCUGCGAAUGCGACAACGGCUCAGGCGGCUGGCCCAGGGAUACCCUCAGACUUAACCCUUGCCUUGGCAAUGAUAACGGUUGGCUCAGGUGGCAGACCAAUGGGGGUUUUGGCGGGUCGUGCAACAGACUGAGUCUAGAUUCGGAUAGCAGACUCAGCGUUAGAUGCAGAACCAUCAGUGGAAACUGGAACCCUUCCUCUGUUGUACUUAACGAAAGGAUCCACAACGAUAGAGGUCGGCUGUGGUGUGGUAUUUAA